GUAAAACAUUAACAGAAACACAAUGGGAGUAUUUACCCGGCCUAUUUAAUUUACCGCAUAGCUCCGUGAGGACUUAAACUCUGUAGAUUUAAUGUUAACAAUUCCUAUCGCUAUAACUGGAUUCAUAACUUUCAUAUCUGAAACAAAGAUGAUUACAAUGUAAACGAGGACCAGAAAAUGGAUACAUUGCGUCAUCUAUUAACGGCCGUAUGUCUUCUGGGCUGUAUCCAGCUCACAUGGGGUACGUGCACAAAGCCGGCCCUACCGGCCAACGCUUACGCCCUGACGGAGGAUAAGACGUCGUAUGCCGUGGGGGACAAGUACACGAUCGUUUGUCUACCCAGCUACACCCUGACUGGGGAGUCAGACCUCAUCUGUCAGACGGGGGGCACCUGGUCAGCUAGCCCCCCUACCUGUUUAUCAAAUAGUGCGGUGGACCUGCCCUGGUACGUGUUACUGCUGUGUGUGGUGGCCGGGCUCAUCCUCAUACCCUGCUGUCUACCCAGGAUUAUUUUCUGCUGCUUAAACAAGAAGAAGAAAGAGGAGCCGGACGACGAGAAAGCCCUGUACGCGGGGGGUCAGAAAGGAGGGGGCAUGUGGAGGAGUGGCCACGCUAACCCAGUCACGCCCAUCACCGACAGCGGCAAACACAAGCUCUCUCACAUGUGAAGGGGCGGGGCAAAUGUCAGCACGUGACAUUUGAUUCACAUAUUGUCAGCAGAGGCGGGCAAAUAACACAUCAUAAGAAAAACCCGAACUUUUCAUUAAGAUAUAAUUUAUGAUAACUUCAGAAUGUAUUAUGAUUUUAUUUAUCAAUCAUAUAACUUUUGAAUUUUUGUAAUAUGUCUAAGUAUCGUACAUUUUUAUGUUCUUCUUUAGUGUGUUUCUAUAUUUCCCGAUAGUUCCUUAUUUUGUAUGAAUUAUUAAUAUAUAUAGAUAUCCGCAGGCGGAUUUCUAUAAUCCAACCAACAUUAUGUAUUUGUAAUGACGUUUUUUUUUAACUCAAUACACGAUAAUAUUAUCAAGGUAUCAAUUUUCUUCAAUUUUAUUUAUUCCAAGUACGUUUAUGUUUACAUUUAUAUGUCCAUGCUAUAGAUAAUAAAACGAAGUUCUUUUUCAUUGAAUGUUUGAGUAAAUUGAAAAUGUUUAAAAAGUACAUACUUGCACUUUGAUUUUGAACGAAAAAUCCAACUCUAAGACUACAACAUUUUCAUCAUUGCAAUUAAACUUGUUCAUCAAUAAUCAGAA